AGAGGCGACAAACAAUAGACGCGUAACCCGGUGCUCCCGAUGGGGUCGUAGUUGCGCGUAUUUGCAAUGUAUCUGACGAUGAUAGGUCAGCACGGCAGGAAGAGAUCGUCGUAGGGGGAUCGCCAUAGCUAAUCGUACCACCCAAGGUGGCACAGAUUGAAAGCUCUAUCAGCACACAUCCUCUCUUGACCUGAUCACUAUAUAUCUAUCGACGUUCAACCGCCUCUCGACCUCUCCCCGCCACCUUCCCCUAUCAGGGCGCGAUACUAUACAGCAGCCGCUUCCGGUUAACCGGAAGUGACGCUCUACGGUGACUACUACCGUAUUUCGUCGGAAUAUUAAUACCAAGCAAACGUAGACCAUCAUCACCGCUCCAGACAGGCAUCAUGGAAGUCGCCACCGAACUAAUUUUAUCAAUUGCUGUUGUUGAAUUCGUCUAUCCGUCUGUUAAAAAAUAUAUAUAUGCAGAAGAGGCGGGCCCAUCGAGACGACAUUGACAAGCGGAUGAAGUUUCUUCUUCAGUCACCGUUAUCAGGAUCGGACACACAAUGCAAAAUUACCGAACGAACCUCGUAUUAUCCUCAGGAGCCAAAUAAAAGGCCGCAAACCAGGCAAGAGAAGGUUCGAUCGUGUCUCAAGCACAAUUCGUUGACGAUAUUGACUGUGACCGGUGUAUUCGGCGGUGUGGUUCUCGGUAUUAUCUUGAGGAGCUUGCGAACUCAAGGAUGGACGCCACGCGAGAUCAUGUACAUCAAUUACAUAGGAGAUCUGUUUCUCAGAAUGCUGAAGAGUUUGAUUUUACCUCUUAUCAUAUCCAGUCUAGUCUCAGCAAUUGGAUCCCUUGAUCUGUCAUUGAGCGGGAAAAUUGGUGUUCGUGCUAUAGUGUAUUACAUGGUCACCACGAUUAGCGCUGUUGUACUAGGUAUCAUUUUGGUAAUCACUAUCCAGCCGGGUGUGGGAAAUAAUCCUGACAUAAGGACAAAAGAACGAUCUCAAAAUGUCUCGACUAUCGAUACAUUGAUGGACUUGAUUCGGAAUAUGUUUCCCCCGAAUUUAGUAGAGGCAUGUAUCUCUCAACAUAAAACGGAAAUGCAGAAACCGGAAAACAGUACAUCAGAUAACAUGGACGAGUGGAAGCCAGUGUCAAAAAGCGUGUCAGGAACCAAUAUAAUGGGUCUCGUCGUUUUCGCCACGGUGCUUGGUAUAACAUUGGGAAAAAUGGAAGAACAAGGAAAACCGUUGCUCGUAUUCUUCGAGUCCUUGUCUGGCGCUAUGAUGAUGAUCACUCAUUGGGUGAUUUGGUUGUCGCCUAUUGGUGUACUGUUUCUAGUAGCCGCUAAAAUUACGGAAAUGCAAUCGUUGGACGAAAUAGUUUCCCAAUUGGGAAUGUACUUUCUCACCGUAUUGAUAGGCCUGUUGAUACACGGUUUCAUCGUUCUGCCUCUAUUAUAUUUUCUAAUAACGAAGAGAAAUCCAUACGUAUACAUAUCCAAUUUGGCCCAAGCGUUGGUCACAGCGUUUGGUACGUCCUCAAGCUCCGCUACUCUUCCAAUUGCUAUUAAUUGUUUGGAAGAAGGAAACAAUGUCGAUCCACGAAUUACCAGAUUCGUUUUGCCGAUCGGCGCCACUAUCAAUAUGGAUGGCACGGCUUUAUACGAAGCUGUGGCCGCGAUUUUCAUCGCGCAAGUGCGUCAAGUCAGUCUUAGUUUUGGACAGCUGGUGGCAAUCAGUAUCACAGCGACUGCGGCAAGUAUCGGAGCAGCUGGAAUUCCACAAGCAGGUCUGGUUACGAUGGUAAUGGUAUUGGAUACAGUUCGCCUACCGUCCGAAGACGUAUUCCUUGUCAUUGCUGUUGAUUGGUUAUUAGAUCGUUGUAGAACAACAGUGAACGUAGUAGGUGAUUCUCUCGGGGCAGGAAUUGUGAAUUAUUUAAGCAGAAACGAACUUGCUUCGUUGCCACAUAAUGCACAGACGCAAAACGGAGCAGAUCAUCAUACUACAACAUCCAUAUGAAACCGAAGUCGAUAUUAUUAUCGGCAAGAUUUGUAAAUGCUAACAAACAAACGAAGAACGAUGAGCGUUCGUCCCCCCCCCCCUCCGAUAUUUUUCCCGGUAAACGUCGUACACUCCCACCGAACUUUAAAUUUGAAAGCGAAGACGAAGUUCAGUACAAAUAUAAUAAUAAAAUUCUUCGCAAUCAAUGAUGCAUAUAAUAGCAAAUAAUAAUAUAUCUAUUAUAUUUUAUUCUAUUCUAGUAGUCAGUCUUCAAAAAGAGACUUUAAUGAUUCUUAUACAAUAUUAUUAGAAGAAUUGAAGCAAUAUUUUUUUGUAUUUAACUAUGCUGCUGCCAGAUUCGUUCAAUUAGAGUACAAAAAAUAAUCAAAUGACACGAUCAUGUUUUAAUGGUCAUUUUUCGUUGAUUUUAAUAAUAAGUUACAAGAUCCAAUUGAAAUGAUACGAAAAAAUACAAGAGUUGAAAGAUUUGAAGAUUUGAUUUUGUUAAGUUCAUUUAAAUAUGUAAAAA